UUUUUAUUGAAAUUUUUUCUUCGUCUUUCCUUUUCGUCGCGAGAAACCGGGUUCCGUCCCGCUGGUGGGAUUUCCAUGCAUGCAGGACAUGUCGCUUCCUUUGUGGCUGCAUAUGCAGAGACAUGGAUUUCGAGCUCAGCUCAGCUCAGCUCUCUCACUUCAUCUAUAUGGAAUCUUUGUUGCUGGCUGACGCCCGCCGGAAGCCGUCUUAUACCAGGCUUGGAUGUUGUAUCCGCGGCAUCAUGUGCUUUUUGUUGUUUCUUUCCGCCGGCUGCUGGCUGGGAGCUACCCUAUAUGGGAAGUUUUAUUUUUAUUUCUAUGUGAAACUUGACUGAGUAACAGGAUGAUGGGUG